AUGGAUGAUGUUGUCCGCUCAUUCGGGAGGGGUAUCUCCCGCGCUGCCCGCGGCGUCCGCAAAAAGGUCCAAGGUUCCCAAGAUGAUCAGCAACCAUCUCAGUCAUUCGCGGCUUCAUCGGCUUCAUCGGCCCCAUCCUUAACCGCUUCGUCCACCAGCGCCGAGGAGACUCCCGUACCCGCUCCCGCACCGACCAUUCAACCCGAUCUUGAAGCUCAACUCCCGGCUCACACGGCCUCUCAAUCUAACUACACGGCCGUGCCGCUUGCAUCACCACUGCCGCCGCCCUUCACCCCGACUGUAAAUUCGCCGGAUUCUGGGCCGGCCUCACCGCCACCCGCUCACACGGCUCAUGAACCUCACACUCUCCCGACCUUGACCAUGGGCCCAUCAGCCCAGCCCCCCACCCAGGACAACGCGACCCUCCAGGGUCUCACCGGUCACUCACCCGAGUCCUCAUCCACCUCGAAUGCCCAGACCUUGACUAACAAUAUCACCACUCAAACCCUCACUGUCCCCGGACCGCAGUCUCAACCCGCACCACCAUUGGCGGCCCCGCUGAACAUAGUCCACUCACCCAGCGCACCUUUGGCUUCGCCAUCCUUUACUCCGUCAGCCAUAUCUUUCGCGCCUCAGGUCCACCCCAACUCACCAGCCCCCCAACCUCUCAACCUCUCAGCUGCAGCCUCAUCCGCUCAGUAUCUGCCCUCACCCCUCGAGUCACCACUUCCCCUCGAGCUCGAGCAGCAACUAUCCUGUAAAGAUGGCGCUUCAAUACGACCUACCAGCGCCCGAAGCGCCAGGCCCCGCACAUCCCGCUCACGUCGGGACUCGGUCAUUGAAAAGGUCGCCUCACUCGACCCUCGGAUCUCACGCCGACGUUCCCGUAUCCUGGGCCCCAAGACGGGCAACAGCCUCAUGGACCUCCCGCCCGAGCUACAUCUCAUGAUCAUCGACUACCUCGAGUUCGGCGAGCUCGAAAACCUGCGCCGCACGUGCCGGUUCUACCGCAAUUUUCUCACAAAGGAGACCAUUCGCGACCUCUUUGGCGAGCAGUUCCGCCUCGCCUUGCUGGCACAUUGCUACAUCUGCCUAAAGUACGAUCCCACGCGCGGUAGCUUGCUCUGGGCGGACUACAGCCACCCGCGCUACCCUCUCGCCAGCAAGUGCGUCGAUUGCGCGUACCAAGAGAACGAGCUGGUCGUGGGCAAGAAAGUCGCGCUAGGCAACUAUGCCAGUGUAUGGAUCUGUCGCUGGUGCGGGUAUCCAGUCGCCAGUGCCUCGGCGCCUAACCAGCCCGAGUUUCAUAAGGGCUGCUAUAAUCACUACAAUAAUGUUUUGCUGGUGUACUUCGUCUUGGGCUGGAUUCAGCUGAGUCUUGGCAUCGUCGCUGGUGCGCUUUGCUGGAGGUAUUUUCGAGAUGAGAUUCUCGUCUUGGUACCGUCUAUUGUCGCUUUCGUCCUCCUGUGGUGGUGCUUGGCCCUACUUGUUGUCAGAGGCGAACAUAAGCGCACAUACCACUUUUCCUUGAUACUUGAGACGGCAAUAUUCGGUCUGUGGUGUGUCCCAAUCUACGUUCUGAUCAAGGAUGUCGAGGAUGGCGUCGCCGGACUCUUUGACAGACGGGUCACAGUAACACUGGUCUUUAUCGUGCUUAACAUGUUCUUCCGCCUCCUCAAUAUCUUGGGCAACAUUGUGCUCACAUUCGAAUGGCGACACUUUGCGCGCAAGAAACCCCGACUGAAGCCCGCCGCCCGGUUCGUCAACAUGAUUCUCGCCGGGCUCGUGUACUGGACGUACCCCCAAGCGGUGGAACAGGAAUACCCGCCGCAAUACCACUUCAUCAACACAGGCCGACGACGGGUCAAGAGAAUUCUCGCGGAAAGAAAUGCGCAGCGGCAGCGGCAGCAGCAACAGCAGAUCAUGACGAUGAUGUAUUAA